CAGUUGACAGCCUCAAAGUUCCUGGCUAUUCGGACCACUGCAGAUGACACCUUUCCCGGCUACCCCACUCUGAGCUCCAGACACCAUGAAUCCUUCCUCUACAAAGGUCUCCUGGGCCACCGUGACGCUGCUGCUCCUGCUACUGUUGCUGCCGCCCGCGCUGCUGUCACCCGGGGCGGCCGCGCAGCCCUUGCCCGACUGCUGCCGUCAGAAGACGUGCUCCUGCCGCCUCUACGAGCUGCUGCACGGCGCCGGCAAUCACGCGGCCGGCAUCCUCACGCUGGGCAAGCGGCGGCCCGGGCCCCCGGGCCUCCAGGGCCGGCUGCAGCGCCUCCUGCAGGCCAGCGGCAACCACGCGGCCGGCAUCCUGACCAUGGGCCGCCGCGCAGGCGCAGAGCCACCGCUGCGCCCCUGCUCCGGCCGCCGGUGUCCCUCUGAGGCCGCCUCGUCCGUGGGACCUGGGGGACGGUCCGGGGUCUGAGCUCUCGCUCGGGUCCAGUCCUGACCCUACCCUGGCCCCUCCCUCACCC